CGUGUCCCUCUCUACCACGAGUAACCAAUUACCAGGUACAUACUCUUUUCCCACCAUCUCUCAAAGAUCGUACAUGAAUAAAACUUCGUCACUCCUUUUGCUAUAACAACUCCUCCUCCUCCUCCCCGUCGUCAUGUCUUCCACUCAGAUUCCCGCCGGUAAAACCUGGUUCGACACACACAAGGUGCACUUUGAAGACGUCCCCGUCUCGGCCGACCAGGAGAUCUCUACCAGCGAAUUCCUCGACGCCGCCGAAGCGACCACCACCUUGUUUGACUUGUUGGGAUCGGUGGCUUUUACUCCCGUGAAAAAUGACAUGACGACCAACGUGACCAAGGUCCGUGAGAGACAAAAGGCCAGCCCCGACACUUCGGCCACCCUCCAGUCCCUCUGCAGGGCCGAGUUGGCCUCGAAGUCACACAAGGCCACCGAGGGUUUGCUGUGGCUGGUCCGGGGUCUCGACUUCACCGCGCAGUCGUUGAGGGCGGACUUGACGAGCAACGCGGCCGUAGCACCCACCGAGGCGAAACCGAACAAAGAGUUGGCGGACAGCUUCAGGGCAGCGUACAAGAACACACUGGCACCUCACCACGGGUUCCUGGUCAAGCCGAUCUUCAGUGCGGCCAUGAGUGCCACCCCUUACCGAAAGGACUUUUACGUGAGAUUGGGUGGUCCAGGGACAGACCCCGAGGUCAUCAGACAGGCUCUGGAGAAGUGGGUGUCGGCGUUGGAGAGGCUGGUGGCCAUCCUAAAGGCGUUCCUGGCCAGCAAGGAAGCCAAGUGGUAGUAGAUUGAUGAAGCAAAUGAAGAUGCAUUGGAAUCUCCUCGAUUGGUAAUUGUAGUCUGUCGGGUCAAUAGGCUGCCAUUUCUCAGACGAGGGAUCGACGUUGUUGUCGAUGGCUGCUUUUGAUCAUAAAGGGGGCCCAGGUGUUGAGGGGUUGCGCACACACGUUAUACAAGCCUGGGACGAUAAAGAUGCAUUUGAUUCUACGCUCAUGUGCUAUGAACACUGGUUCCACCUGAUAAAACGCCGUCG